AUGACGGCCGGGCAGCAGCUCCGCCACGCCCCACCGUCCCUCCACCCCGACUUCGUACCGGCCUACGCGCCACCGGAGUCGGACAGCGACGAGUCGUGGGUCUGGUCCCAGAUCAAGGCCGAGGCGCGCCGCGACGCCGACGACGAGCCGGCGCUCGCGUCCUUCCUCUACGCUACCGUGCUCUCCCACCCCUCGCUUGAGCGCUCCCUCGCCUUCCACCUCGCCAACAAGCUCUGCUCCUCCACCCUCGUCUCCACGCUCCUCUACGACCUCUUCGUCGGCUCCCUCGCCGCGCACCCCACCAUCCGCGCCGCCGCCGUCGCCGACCUCCUCGCCGUGCGCUCCCGGGACCCUGCCUGCGCCGGCUUCUCCCACUGCCUCCUCAACUACAAGGGCUUCCUCGCCGUCCAGGCCCACCGCGUCGCGCACGUCCUCUGGGCGCAGAACCGCCGCGCCCUCGCGCUCGCGCUCCAGUCCCGGGUUGCCGAGGUCUUCGCCGUCGACAUCCACCCGGCCGCCACCAUCGGCAAGGGCAUACUCCUGGACGCCGCCGUCAUCGGCGAGACCGCCGUCGUCGGUGACAACGUCUCCAUCCUCCACCACGUCACCUUGGGCGGGACCGGCAAUGCGGUGGGCGACAGGCACCCAAAGAUCGGAGACGGAGUUUUGAUUGGCGCCGGGGCGACGAUACUUGGCAACGUCCUCAUUGGCGCCAGCGCCAAGAUCGGUGCUGGGUCCGUGGUGCUCAUCGAUGUGCCCGCGACGAGCACGGCCGUGGGGAACCCCGCGAGGCUCAUUGACGAUGACAUUCCGGGGGAGUCCAUGGACCAUACCUCCUUCAUACAGCAGUGGUCCAACUACACCAUCUGAACCUCCGGCCUCCUCUGUAGCUUGUAAUAUUAAUGCCUCAUCACCUCCCUUUCCUUUGGAUCGUCAA